UAGAGUCUAGUUACUAGUAUUUAGAUCUAAUACUUUUAAUAGACAAUAGAUCUACAUCUAAAUAAGAUCUAGAAUUUUACUAGAUCUAGAUUUCUAUUUGAAAAUGUCAACCUUAACAGAUUCUGAGGAUGAAGCAGACCAACGACCAUCGUUUGCCAAGGUUCAAACAAAAACAGUAGCACCACCUUUCUCAAAUACCCAAGGAAAAAAAUUAUCCACUUUAAAGAGGCCAUUUGCAAAAAUAUCAUCAGAUGGUGAUGCAGGGCAAAAAGCAAGUUUUGCUCUCAGCCCAACAAAGUUUGUUAAGAAAAGGGAUGACACCCAAGUUGAAAUGUCAGAAGCAGCUAAAAAAAUGAUGGCUAAAAUGGGUCAUAAGGAAGGUGAAGGGCUUGGUAAACAUGGACAAGGUAGAACACAGAUUGUGGAGGCAUCCAACCAAAGGGGACGGCGUGGUCUUGGUAUGGUUGUCCCUGGCCUUGAGCCUGCAGAUGUAGAUUGGGACUUCAGCAAGGAGGAAAUUAUUAUUGAUGAAGUGAUAGAAUGGAUUCCACCAUAUACUGGACAAAUGCCCACAUUAGAGGAAAUGAUGCAGUGGAAGGUUGUAGGUCCAAAAAAGAGAGAGAUAGAUGAUGAAACAAAUUUCUGCUCAGAAGAAAGUCUGAUGUUAGUUUUAAAUGGAAAGAGUGUGUUUGAUGUGCUGGAACCAGAAGAAAUGAGAAGAGCUAGAACAAGAUCUAACCCUUAUGAGACUAUUCGAGGGGCUUUCUUUUUAAACAGAGCUGCUAUGAAAAUGGCAAAUAUGGAUGCUACUUUGGGCUUCAUGUUCACAGAUCCAAAAUCAGCCAAAGGGGAACCUCUUGUUGAGCCCAAUGAACUGCUUUACUUUGUUGAUAUAUGCGCUGGUCCAGGAGGGUUCAGUGAGUAUGUUCUGUGGAGGAGGAAAGGGGAGUCCAAAGGGUUUGGAAUGACCCUGAAAGGUGCCAAUGACUUUAAGCUGGAGGAUUUUUUUGCUGGCCCUCCUGAAAUGUUUGAACCUCAUUAUGGUGUGGGAGGCAAAGAUGGGGAUGGAGACAUCUUUAGACCUGACAAUCAAGCAGAGUUUGCUAAAUUUGUCCUGGCAAAUACUGAUGGCAAAGGUGUACACUUUGUUAUGGCAGAUGGAGGCUUCUCUGUAGAAGGACAGGAAAACAUCCAGGAAAUUCUAUCAAAGCAGCUAUACUUGUGCCAAUUUCUGGUGGCCCUUAUGGUUCUCAGACCUGGGGGACAUUUUGUGUGUAAAUUGUUUGACCUAUUCACCCCGUUCAGUGUUGGUCUGGUUUAUCUUAUGAACAUGAUAUUUGAACAAGUUUCCAUAUGUAAACCAGUUACCAGUCGACCAGCUAAUUCUGAAAGGUACAUUGUGUGUAAGAACAUGAAGUCAAACAAAGAAACCGUACAGAACUACUUCCAUACUAUCAAUGUUGACCUAUGUCAUUAUAUGUCAGCGUUGUCCACAGAAGAUAUCCUACACAUUGUCCCACUCAAUACCCUUAUUAAUGACGAGCUUUUUUUCACAUACAUGGUCAACUCCAAUGAAGAGUUAGCUAAACUUCAAGCCAUAAAUUUGAAAAAAAUUGAAGUUUUUACCAAAAACAGCAAUCUUUAUGAGAGUAGGCAAGCCUCUGUCAGAAAGGAUUGUUUAGCAAAAUGGAAGAUACCAGAUGAGGUGAGAGCUGCCCCUGGUCGACCUGAACCUGAAAAAAUGUUCAACACAUUAAUAAAAGAUGGUUACAGUGAUGUAUUUGGGGCAACUGGUGAUCGCUUGACCCCGGACAAACUCCACAGUAUCAAAAGUUUGUACAGUUACAGCUGUAUUGUGCGGGGGGAGGGCUCAAGCUUUUACCUGCUUGGUUGUGGGAGGUCCAAUUGCUACAAGUGGGAUGGCAAAAACAAAGGCAAAUGGCAGAAACUGGACUUUAGAGUGGAGCUGCCAAGUAAAACUUUACUGGAGGUGCAAUCUGUUACUGAACUCAGAGGGGAGGGUAAAGGUCAGAAAAGACAAACAUCAAUCCAUGUUUUAGAUGCAUUUUUCUUGUGUGGGGAAGAUGUUUGCAGCAUGUCCUUUGAAAAAAGGCAGGAGAAACUGAGCAAGUUUAUAAAAGCACUGAGGAAAACAACACGAUCAGAUCUUCAUCAGAUACACAAGCUGGACAUUUUCCCUCUCCAUAAAGCUGAUGUGAUAUUUGACAAAUUGGCCAUGCGGCAGGUAAAAGGAGCAAACAAACCAAGACUGUGUUACUGUGCCGAGUCUGGAAAUUUUUUUCUUCCUUCAGGUCUAAGCAUAAUAAGAACAGUUAAAGAACCCUGGAACAGGUGUCAGAGCAAGUCUACUGGCCACGCCUACUGGUACAACUUAAGCACUGGCAAAUCUUUGUAUGAGUGUCCUCCUGAGUCCAUAGCCACUGUUAGAGAUUGUAAACUGUCUGUUCUCUUAUGGGACUGGGAAGAAGGGGUCAAAGUUCACAAAGACCAAGAGAAAGAAUACCCUGGCCUUGUCAGCAAGUCCCAGUUUCUAGAGCACAUAGAAAAGAUCAAACUUUUGUAAAAACUCUAUUGGAACUAAAGUGAAGGCAGCCAAUUUUUGUUUCAUUUUUUUGCAAAUUUAUUUGUAAACAAGGUUCUCUGCUCUGUAAAGGCAUUUAGCAGAUAAGAUCUGAAAAUAGUCUUGGUAAUUAUUUUUAAAAAUAUGGCCCAUACUUUUUUAAAAAUUCUUUUAAUAUUUAUUAAGAAAUGUAGUACUGAAGAAUUCAUAAAUAUUGGGAAUGCUGUAAAGAUAGCUUUUCAUAAAAUAAUGUUUGGAAAACCAUGAAACAGAUAUGUUGUAAGAAACUCUUGAUAAUACUGUGUAGAGUUACAUAGAUUUACAUUAGAUUUGAUACCGAAUUACUAACUCUAGUGGCAGUUAUUGAUUGUAACUUAUUGGCUGUACUAGUUUUUUAUUUUGAAUUCCAGCCAUCUUUUUAAACACAUCUUGUAUUCGGAUGAACUUAUUGUAUACUAGUUGUUUUUUUUGUUUAUAAUAGAAACUUACGAUGUAUCUUUUAUUAAUGAUAGAAUUUUUAUUAUUCACCUGUCUUUGUAUAAAUUGAUCUGGAAUACUUGUGAGAAUGAUUUGUUGCUGUUUGGUUCUGUACAAUAAAAUUGUUGACAACCCA